AUGGUUUCAAGCCAGAGUCCGAGUCUGCAGCCCGCUGCGGACGAGCCGGCUCCCAAGCGUACUAAGCGACCGCGUGCUGCCCAAGCUUGCGACCGCUGCAGGACCAAGAAGUACAAGUGCGACGAGCAGUAUCCAUGUGCCCAUUGUAGAAAAAGUGGAUUGGAUUGCGUAUACCAAGGCAACUAUCGUGAGCGUGAAAGCAGUCGGUCUGCUAGCUAUGUCGUUGAUCUGGAGAAGAAAGUGGAAGAGCUGGCGUCGAAAUUGCGCAAUGCCGAGGCCCAAAUUGCAGCAUCGCCACAGCGCCCCAAGGGGCCAAUGAGCCAACCACAACUGUCCACAGGAAUUGAGACACCGCCAGCCUCUAUGGUCCAAACUGGGUCAACGCCUGGCGACGCGACAAAGAUGCCCGGUGAGGCACGGGAGGGGUCAACAGAGAGUGCCGACGACGAAAUCAAUGAGUUGAAUCAUCAUACGAAUGGAAUCGAAUUCCACGGAAGCACCUCAUCUGCGGCACUUAUCGGUCACCUUAAAAAGGCACGAGAGACAAAAAACCCCGAGGAGCGUCUUCCUCGCCCUCCAGAUUUCUCAUUGAUCUCUACAUUGCAUAAUCCGAGCUUCUCGCCAUCCUGUACCACUGGCCCAGCUCAUCCGACAUUGCUCGCAUCUAUCGAACACCAGAAUUAUUAUUUCGACCAAGCGCAUGUCUUCAUGAAUGGAUAUUUCGAGAACAUUCAUUUCAUUCACCCAUUCAUCGACAAGGAAGACUUUCUGGUGCGCGCCAACGACCUCUGGUUUAACCGAGCGCAUACCCCCGAGCCUAGCUUCGUUGCUUUAUACCUGAGUGUGCUCUCAAUUGGGUCCCUAGUGCGCGUAUGGGACGAGAGCUCCCUUGCUGGAAUGGGGCGAUUCGAAUGGAGUCGCAAGUUAUUUGGCGAGGCUCAAGCCUAUCUGAAUUAUUUACGGUUCUCGAAUGAUCUUGAGACAGUACAGUGUCUUUAUUUGAUGGUUCGUUAUUGUUACCUUCUUCCAGGAACUUAUCUGACUAAAAGGCAAAGGCGAAAGUUUGCCAAAAUGAACUCAACCCCAACUGUGAGUUGA